UUGGUCACUUACUUGUUUUCUGCCUCAUUCAAACGAAAAAAAACAAAAAAACAAAAAAGAAGGAAGAAAAAUCGAAUUGGACAAUCUUCAUUACCUUAUGUCACCGGAAAGUGGGAUACACUUGCCUGAAUCUGACACUGCCACCAUGAAUUUCACUGAGACUGAGUUGACCUUAGCUUUGCCUGGCGAGUCCCGUGUCUCGGCUGAUAAUGGAGCGAAAAUAGGAACAAAACGUGGGUAUUUGCAAACUGUUGAUCUGAAUCUUGGAAGCUGUAGCAGUGAUUGUGGGAAUAAAGAUUGUAAUAUGCCGGAAAAUGAUGUGUCCAGCGCCCCAAAAAAGCCUCCAGUUUCCAAGGCACAAGUGGUGGGGUGGCCGCCGGUGAGAGCGUACAGAAAGAACGCUAUGAAAAGCAGUAAAUUUGUUAAGGUUGCAGUAGAUGGAGCUCCAUACUUGAGAAAGGUUGAUCUUGAGAUGUACAACAGUUAUCAGCAGCUCUUGACUGCUCUGGAGGACAUGUUUUCGUGCUUCACCAUACGAAAUUAUUUGAAUGAGAGGAAAAUUAUGGAUCAAGUGAAUGGGGUUGAAUAUGUGCCUACUUAUGAAGACAAAGAUGGUGACUGGAUGAUGGUUGGAGAUGUUCCAUGGACAAUGUUUGUUGAAUCAUGUAAGAGAUUAAGGUUAAUGAAAAGCUCAGAGGCAACUGGAUUAGCUCCAAGAACACCUUCAAAAUGCUCAAGCUCAAGUGAGUGAUACAAAUGGAAUGAGACAACUGAUGUACAGAGGCUUUUGUCUUCGCUUUUUAAAACAGUUGCUUCUGGUUGAGCAGAUCAAACACAGAAAUAAAAAAAGAUAAAAAAAGAGAGCCUGUCUGUAAUUUUCUUUUUGUUGCAUUACCUUAGAUAGUGCAAAUUGAUGCUGUUGCCUUUUUUCCUUUCCAAUUUUCAGCCUUUUGUUUUCCAUUGUCA